AAGAAGAAGAACAUAGAAACUGAGAUAGAUGGAGAUGAUACACUGAGGGAGAUGAACUAGAAAAGCUAAUUCAAUUAACCUAAUAAUUAAUUAAAGAUUAAGAAAAUAUGUUUUUUGAUUUUUUUUUUUAAACCUGUUAUUGUAAGUCAAAAGGGAGUGGUGCAACUUUGCACCACACAAAAGUGGUCCAUAAUAAAUUUUCCCCUUUUCUAUGUUCCCCUUUCCGGGGAUUCUUCUCUUUUCCCCCAUGAAUUUUUCAAAAUAUCUUUUUGGGCUUUGGGCUUUGCUUGCUUUUGUUGUCACUCACUCUCUCUCUCUCUGUGAAGCAUGUGGGUUCCAUGCUUUUUGUCUACCGAGGAAAUGUAAAACAUCAUCAAUCUGAUGAGUUUUGAUCUCCGGGCCUAACAUUUUGAGAUGUGGUUCUGAGCUUCAGAGCACACUGCAGAGCAUGUCUAGCUAGUAUAGUUCUCUGUGUCAUGUCAGCAUAUCCAUUUGCUGCACAAAUCAACCAUCCAAUGGUUUCCAUCUAGGGUUUCUCUUCUUUCUCUCAUUUCACUUUCAUGUGGAAUUUGGGCUUCUACCCAUUACAGUGAGAAGAAAUAAAAAAUGGAAUCUGGUGAUAGUUUCUACUCAGUUGAUGAGUUCAAAUUGGACAAAAAAUGGCUGAUUGAUCCUCACCAUCUCUAUGUUGGGCCACGAAUUGGAGAAGGAGCUCAUGCCAAAGUCUAUGAAGGAAAAUAUAAAAACCAGACUGUUGCUAUUAAAAUUGUACAGAAAGGAGAAACUGCAGAAGACAUCGUCAAGAGAGAAGGGCGCUUUGCAAGGGAGGUGGCUAUGUUGUCAAGAGUGCAACAUAAGAACUUGGUGAAGUUUAUUGGUGCCUGCAAGGAGCCAGUAAUGGUGAUAGUGACUGAGUUGUUAUUAGGAGGAACGUUGCGUAAGUAUUUACUAAACAUGCGCCCCAAAUGCUUGGAUACACAUGUUGCCAUUGGUUUUGCGCUUGAUAUUGCACGUGCUAUGGAAUGCCUACAUUCUCAUGGGAUCAUACACCGUGAUCUUAAGCCGGAUAACUUGUUAUUGACUGAAGACCAGAAAACAGUCAAGCUAGCAGAUUUUGGUUUAGCAAGAGAAGAGUCCUUAACUGAGAUGAUGACUGCCGAAACAGGAACUUACCGUUGGAUGGCUCCGGAGUUGUAUAGUACUGUCACACUGAGGCAGGGGGAGAAGAAGCAUUACAACCAUAAAGUCGAUGCUUAUAGUUUCGCAAUCGUGUUUUGGGAGCUCUUACACAACAAAGUUCCUUUUGAAGGCAUGUCAAACCUACAGGCAGCAUAUGCUGCAGCCUUUAAGAGUGUAAGGCCAAGUGCAGAGAAUCUUCCUGAGGAAUUGGCUGUAAUUCUUACUUCAUGCUGGCAAGAGGACCCAAAUGCCAGACCCAACUUCACUCGGAUAAUCCAAAUGCUCCUAAACUAUCUUUACACUGUUUCACCUCCUGAACCUGUGAUUCCUUCAAGAAUAUUCACCCCUGAGAACACAGUCUUUCCGCCAGAGUCCCCUGGUACUAGGUCCUUAAUGGCCAAACGUGAUGACACAGGCGACACACCCAGAGCAAAGGAUGAAAUCAAGUCUAAUGGUUUUCUUUGCUGCUUCAGCCAGUGUUAUUAACACCUCAACAAGUCUUUUUAAGUUAAAAAAUGGGAUAAAGAUAAUGUCAUAUAGAAUAUAAUCAGAAGAGAUCAUUUUGACGAUUCUGUAAAUUUCCAGAUUAAUGCAUUUGUAAUUCUAGUAAAAUUUACUUCUUUUUUCCCCUA